AAUCUUGACACCGCUAAGAGGUGCGUCCCGGGUUCCGGCGACAUCAAGUGCGUCAACGCAUUCAACUUUACGAUUCCCCCAGGGGUCAAGAAUGGCGAUGCGAUUUUCGCCUGGACCAAGUUCAAGAACCUCGGUGAGCGCGAAAUGUAUAUGAACUGUGCUGCCGUGACAAUCACCGGUGGUCAAGACAAGCUCAAUGAGCUUCCGCUUCUGUUCGUCGCGAACAUCGGCGAGAUUUCCGGAUCUUGCGGGACCACUCAAUCCGUGAACGUCGACUUCCCCAACCCAGGCAAGUACGUC